AUGUCACUAAAAUUUCAAUAUUUGAUAUUUCUUCUAAGUCUUUUAGCCGCCCUAUCUAGAAGUGACUCUAUUGACAACGAUGAAAAUGGAUUUUCAGCUCAAAAUGGUGCUUUUUACACGGAUGAUGCAGUAAUACUGAAUGCCCCUGCCCAGAGAGUGAAGCGUGAAUCAAAUACCACACGAGAUGGAAAACAACUAUUGUUAUUACGUCCGAGACAAGCCAGCGAUGAAGAAGCAUUCGGAGUGGGUUGUCAAACAAACCUCGGUAAAAAGGGGUCGUGUAAGAGCUUCCGCGAUUGCUAUCCCCUUUUUAAAGUGGUAGAUCUCUCUGGGUACGACGGAUGGGUCAUGGGCCACUACGACACUUGCAGCUACAUUAACAACGAGAAUACUGAGGUAUUCGGCGUGUGUUGCACACAGCCCGUCGGCACCCCUCCGCAACAGGAGCCAGACGUCCAACGCUUUGGCGUAAUACAGCCAUCCUUCCCGUUAUCUUUAUCCAACUUUCCCGGCCUCGUCCCAUCAGCACUGUCAUCGCAGUUCACGUUCAACAAUCAGCUCACUCGUCAGAUACCCGCAGUAUGGCCGCCGACGCUGCCGCCACUGCCAACACACCCGCCAAACCAUAGCGCACCUACACAUCCACCAUCACUAGUUGCUGGCGUAACAAAACCGGAAGUCACUGCAAGUACUCCUUCCACGACGACCUGGGGCACGAAGCCUCCCAGUACCACGAAGCAGACUUGGCCUCCCACAUAUCCAACACAGCCGACCAGACCUACUGCACCUACCGGUGUAGAUUCUUCAUGCGGGGCUAAAAACGGACCACAGACAUACGGCAGCACAUACGAGUCCCAGGAUGAGGAGCGUAUAGUGGGCGGACAUAAUGCUGAGCUCAACGAAUGGCCCUGGAUCGUGGCGCUGUUCAACGGAGGUCGGCAGUUCUGUGGCGGAUCCCUCAUCGACAACAGCCAUGUGCUUUCUGCAGCUCAUUGUGUAGCACAUAUGACGUCAUGGGACGUAGCGCGUCUCACAGCAAGGCUUGGUGACCACAACAUUCGCACAAACUCGGAAACACAGCAUAUUGAGAGGAAGAUCAAGCGAGUGGUCAGACAUCGUGGAUUCGACAUGCGUACUCUGUAUAACGACGUAUCAAUCUUGACACUGGAUCAACCCGUGACUUAUACAAAAACUAUUCGUCCCAUUUGCCUGCCCGGUGGAAGCAGAGCCUAUUCUGGAAUCACCGCAACGGUUAUUGGUUGGGGAAGUUUACGAGAGAGUGGUCCUCAGCCAUCGGUUCUGCAGGAAGUAUCGAUCCCGAUCUGGACCAACAAUGAGUGUCGGCUGAAGUAUGGCUCAGCGGCCCCGGGGGGCAUUGUCGAGCACAUGAUCUGCGCUGGUAAAGCCAGCAUGGAUUCUUGCAGUGGAGACAGCGGCGGUCCACUCAUGGUGAAUGAAGGCGGUCGCUGGACUCAAGUAGGCAUUGUGUCGUGGGGAAUCGGUUGCGGCAAGGGACAGUACCCCGGCGUGUACACACGAGUCACCGCUUUCCUGCCCUGGAUACAGAAGAACUCGAAAUAGUUAAGCAUUUAAGAAAUCUCAUUGACAAGUCGGAAGGCAGCUU